AUGGCCUCCCAGAGCACCAUGAGCCAAAUAACAAACUACCUCACCCGCCAUCCCUUGGAGACCUCCAUCUCCGCAGCCGUCGCCGCCUCCUUCCUGGUCUGGGUCGUCCAGGACUACCGCGCCUACAUCGCCCUCGGUCCCGGCGGCGUCCCGCACAACUUCGGCGGCUGGCUCAUGGUGACCCUUGGCAUCCGCCCCUUCGCGCUCUCCAAGUCCUCCGCGACGCACACGGGCGACUUCCCGGAUGAGGGAUACCACCAGGACAUGAAGGAGCUCCCCGAGAGAAAGGGCAAGAGGGCCGAGCUGGGCGGCAUCGUGCCCCAUAGGCAGCUGAGUCAACAUGCGCCGGAGAACAUGAGAGAGUUCAUCCAAAACCUCUUCGCCAACGCGCAAUCCCAGAACCCGACCCUCCUCGAGACCAAGAAAUCGCUCUACGAGCGCAUGAACCCGGCCCUCUUCGUCGCCCCCAAGGUCCUCGCCUCCGGGACCGUCCCCGACGCCGCCGAGACGGCCCGCGGCGAGAUCGGACACCACCACGGCGACCUCUCCAUCCACCUCUACCUGGACCCCGCCGACGCGAAGCUCGCCAUCGAGAAGGGCUGGGCCGAGCGGCACCGCCUCUCGCUCCCCAGCACGGCGCGCUUCGCGAACCGGUUCCACGUCGCGGACGGGUACGUCAUGAUCUACGGGCCGCGGGACGAGGAGGAGAUGGAGGUGCUGGCGACGAUUCUGAGGAAUGCGGUGCGGUUCAUGACGGGGCGGGAGAAUAUUGAGGCUAUUGAGUGGAGGCAGCGCAUUGUGUAA